UGCUUUACAGCAUGUUGUUCACUGGACCCUUAUCUUUCCUAAUAAACUGGGAUUAGCAGCAGUGGAUGUGAUUUUAACUCGUUAUUAGAAUAAAUGUGUGUUUAUGCUCUUAAAACAUUUGGAGCAUCAUGCAGGCACGGUGAAUAUCUAUCAACAACUGGAGAAUGCUGUCCAAUGUGUAACAUAGGGUUUGUGGUUCUCAGAGACUGUACUGGUGAUUACAGUAUAAGAUGUACUCCUUGUACUAAAGGAACAUUCAUGAAUGUGCCUAAUGGUCUACACAGUUGUUUUCCAUGUAAAACCUGUGAUGGAGGGUUUUAUAUUUUGCAAAACUGCAGCACAAUAAAGGACACAGUCUGUGAGGUCUUGGAUGGGUAUUACUGUGCACAGCACUCAGAUGGAGAAUGUUCUCUUGCAAUGAAACACAGUGAGUGUAAACCAGGAGAACAAAUAAAAACUCCAGGCACGAGGGUCUCAGAUACAGUUUGUGAAAUGUGUCCAUCAGGAUUUCAUUCUCCUGAAGGUGUGAAAUGCUUUAAAUGGACUGACUGUUCGCCCAAUGAUGAGAUUGUGGAUGAAGAAGGCACUUCCAUUAGCGAUGUUAAAUGCAAACCAACAAGGAGUAGACAUGGUCUUAUAGCUGCUUUAAUCACCACAGUUUUUUUGACUAUUAUUAUUUUUUUUAUUAUUUUUAAAUCGGAUGCACAGAAUAAUCAAACAUAGCAGAGAUUUAUAAGUAAGUACUGACUUGCUUAAAUAUUACAACCAGUAUUUUUUUAUUACAUUUGUUUUUCUUUUUAUUUGUUUUAAAAUUCAUGUUACAGAAAACUGACUUUGCCCAAAAAAAUAAGUCUGAUCUUUAUCAAUUCAUAACAUGAUUACAUUUUGUUAACUUGUUAUGCUUGUAUAUGGUUUUUGACUGUCUUUGACAAACUAGUAUUAAGGUUUAACAGUGCAGCUUUUAGUGAUUUACUUGUUCUAUCACAGUUUCUCUACUCAGUAAUGAAUAGUUAAGACUGUAACCAAAAUUAGAUUCAGUUCCUUUAUUGUAUUUGGACUAUGCUGAUGUAGCUUCCGACUUUACUGUCAUUCACGACUGAGAUGAUUAGUUAACAGAGCCAGUAUGGUGACAUGAAGAAGUUAUGUUUUUAUACAGCUGAAGAGAAAUUAGUUAGUUUAGUUAUUUUUAAUUAUACCUUACAGUUUUAAACAGAACAGUUGGUUUACUGGUAAAUUUUUUAGGAAGGAUACUUUUACUCUCCAGAACACAGUUGAAUUCUGAUAAGCUGUUGUUAGCUGAACAGUCAAGGUUUUUUUAACAGUUUUUUUUUUUAUUGAUUAAUCGGAUAAAAACCUAUAUAUUUUGAAAUGAGAUGUUUUGCAUAUUAUAACAAAAAAAACUAACAAAUUCAGGGUAUUCAUGCAUAAAACAGUACUUCAAAGCCACAUAUUGAGUUUAACUAUCUUUAAUUUAGACAUUUUAAAGCUUAUAAUGGCUGCUUGUUGAGGAUGCAAAAAAACAGCUAACCAACUUGAUUUAAAAUUAAAAAAUAUGCAUUGGUGUGCAAAUGUACAAUCAUUCACUAAAACCCACAACAGUGACAAAGUGCUGAUUACACAACCUACUCUACUUAUCAUACUCAACCUACUCUUGUUGCCCUGCUCUACAUUUGUAAGUACAUGGUAACAGAUUCACCAGCAGUAACCUGAUUGUAACGAGCAAAAAAAACAGGUGCUCUGAAUCGGUGAGUCAGAAUCUGGGUUAGGUUUCCUGCUAGAUUGGGGCUGCAUUUCUGCAAAUGGAUCUGGAGAUUUGGUCUGGAUUAAUAGCUUCCUCAAUGCUGAGAAAUACAGGCGGAUAAUUAUCCAUCAUGCAAUGGCAUUAGGGAGGCAUCUGAUUGGCCCCAAAUUCAUUCUGUAAUACUUUAAUUCAGCUUCACUCCUUUUAGCUACUUAGGUGACUUUUGAUGGACACUGGAUACAUAUGAAUUAAUACAGGGUUCUGUACAGUUAAGGAUUAUAGUUUCUUUACUUAAAUGUGUCAACAUUUUGGACUUAUUUUCUAUAAGAAUCCGGUGCAUUUUUCUAACUUUUAACCUCUUUUCUAACUACAUUUUCAUAAUGUUGCUAAUUUUAUAGCGGGAAUUCUUUGGUAAAUGCUGUUUUCACCAUACUUUUUGUGUGCUGUCUAUCAGCAGAUCCGUUUAUAUUUGUUUGAAAAAAAAAUGUAACAAAAGAUUUUACAUAUUAAUGUGAACAUUUGAGGUAUUGUGCAUAACAUGUACUGUUAUUAUGGAAAUAAUUUCAAAAUGACAGACUUCCUAACACAUUUUUAUUUUUUAUUUUAAUGCUCUUAUGUAAACUUGUUCCUAUGGUUGAAAAUGUUAAAUGUUACUAUGCAUUACUAUAACUUACAGACUGAAAUCCACCAGUAUUUUUGUAAUGUGAACAAAGGGACUGGGGUAUGAAGCUUCAAAAAGAAAUUUGAUCAAAAAGACAGGCACAGUAUUGCUUCUGGAAAGGACUGUUUAAAUAGUUGCUCACUCUACUGAAAUGAUGCCUGUCAAAAUUAUUUUUACUAGAUGGACUUUCAGUCCUAUAAAAAUACUAAACAUUCAAAUCUAUUUCACACUAAGUAUGAUUGUAGCAUCCCCAAUUUUGAAGUUAAUGGGUUUUUUAUAAUUAUUCUACCAAUUCAUAUAGCAAUUCUUUCUUUCUUUCGGCUUCUCCCGUUAGGGGUCGCCACAGCGGAUCAUCCGCAUGUUUGAUUUGGCACAUAUUUUUACGCUGGAUGCC